UAAUCAGUUACACAGCUUUUUUUUUUUUUUGCUGCUGUAAUAGUAUUAACUAUGUUCAAAAUUGUAUUUGACACAACAAUAAGAAUAAAAACAUAUAUGUGGUAAGAACUUUUUUCUUUUUUUAAACUAACCUUCUGACCCUAUUAAUUUGAAAGGACUUUCCGGAAGCCACCAUUCGUACAUUGCCUGCUCGGGCAGCUUGUAGGUGAAACACCAACUGACGAGUCGCUCCUCUUCUCUGGGCGGUUCCAGUGCGAGAGAGAGAGGGGGGGGGGGACGUUUAGGAAGAAAACUCCCAGCUCAGACACAAACAUGGCGCCUACCUCUACCGACAACUUCAGAUGAGAGUGGCAGAGAAGUGACCUGCGAAGUUUGUGAGGAGUCUUUCUCGGGCCGCUCGCGCCUUUCGCCGCGCGGUGUUUAACCUGCGACGCACGAAUACGGAAUUUACUGGGCGGCAAAAACAGCAAGUUGCUUACAUGUCAACGGCGCCUCUCUCCGCAGUGUAAACAGCUGAUGACCCCAUCCUUAGAUUGAUGUGUGAUUCCUCCUAUGACAACGAUGGACAAAGGUACCGCCCCAGCCAUGAUUGAAGAUAAGGGCCACCGUGUGACGGACUACUUUGUGGUGGCCGGUCUGACAGACAAGUCUACCCCUUUGGAACAGGACCUGUCGGAGACCAAGUCAAGUGGGCCGAAAGCUCCCAUCACAGACUUGGCUGUCAUUAACAAGACAGCAGGAGAAACGGUCCCAGAAGGAUUUACUUGUAUUGAAACCACCUACACUGGCCAGCCAGCCAAUCUGAACCAUGGGAGCCUUAAGAGUCCCGAGCUCUUCCUGUGUUACAAGAGAGGCCGGGGGAAACCUCCACUCACUGAUGUUGGGGUUCUGUAUGAGGGGAAGGAGCGUCUGAUCCAGGGCUGUGAAGUCAUUCAGGCUACACCGUACGGCCGCUGUGCCAACAUAAACAACAGCACUGCACAGCGCAUCUUCAUCACCUUGCGCAGAGCAUCCCCAGUCCAGCCACAAAACUCCCUGGCGGUGACAGAUAUUUGCAUCAUUAUAACCAACAAAGGCGAGACGGCACCACAUACCUUCUGUAAAGUGGACAAGAACCUCAACUGCGGCAUGUGGGGGUCCAGUGUCUUCCUGUGUUACAAGAAAUCUGUGUCUGCUUCAAAUUCAAUAGGUUAUAAAGCAGGUCUGAUUUUUCGCUACCCAGAAGAAGAUUACGAAUCCUUCCCUCUGUCCGAUUCAGUUCCUCUAUUCUGUUUGCCCAUGGGAGCCAAGAUCGAGUGCUGGGCACCAAAUACCAAAGACCCGCUGCCGGUCUUCUCCACUUUUGUCUUAACCAUCUCUUCUGGCGAAAAGAUUUAUGGAGCGGCCAUCCAGUUCUACGAGCCGUAUCCAGUGGAUCUCUUGAGCGAAAAGCAGAAGAUCCAGUUGGGUCUCCUCACCACAGUGGAGAAGAAGAUGAUCCCAAACCGGCCUGUGAAUACCAACAAGUGCAUCUGCCUGCUGUCCCACUGGCCUUUCUUUGAAUCCUUCCGCAAGUUCCUCAUGUUCAUCUACAAACUCUCAGUCUCGGGCCCGCACCCACUGCCCAUUGAAAAGCACAUCUCACAUUUCAUGCACAGCGUCUCUUUUCCUUCCCCUCAAAGACCCAGAAUUCUGGUUCAGCUCUCAGCACACGACAAUUUGAUUCUCUCGCAGCCUGUGUGCACACCUUUACCCCUCAGCGGGGCCGACCACAGAACGCUGCUGAUGAACCUGGGGUCGGAGAACUGCGCCACGCUGCUGCACUUCGUGCUGCUGGAGAGCAAGAUCCUGCUGCACUCGCUGCGGCCCGCCGUGCUCACCGGAGUGGCCGAGGCUGUAGUAGCUAUGAUCUUCCCCUUCCAGUGGCAGUGUCCCUACAUCCCUCUGUGCCCGCUGUCUCUAGCUGGAGUCCUGAACGCCCCCUGUCCAUUCAUAGUGGGCGUCGAUUCCCGUUACUUCGACCUGUACGACCCCCCGCCGGAUGUCAUCUGUGUGGAUCUGGACACAAACACCAUCUAUCUAUCUGAUGAGAAGAAACACGGCAACUGGAAGAACCUCCCAAAGAAGCCCUGCAAGAGUCUUAUCAACUCCCUGAGCAACUUGCACCACCAGCUACUCACAGUUUCCAUGCGCCACACGCCGCUCGAAGACUCUGCUUUGGACCUGACCCCGAUCGAGGCAGACUUCACGUGGCAAAAGAAGAAGAUGGCCUUGGAGAUGGAGAUCCAAGAGGCCUUCCUGCGUUUCAUGGCCUCCAUCCUGAAGGGCUACCGCUCCUACCUCAAACCCAUCACCCAGGCGCCCUCUAAAAAGGCCACGGCUGCAGAUUCCCUUUACGACCUGCAAGGGUUUCUCAAAAGCAGAGACCGUGCUCAUCAGAAGUUCUACUCCCAGCUUACGAAGACCCAGAUCUUCAUCCGCUUCAUCGAGGAGUGCACCUUCGUCAGCGACAAGGACACGGGUCUGGCCUUUUUCGAUGACUGCGUGGAGAAGCUUUUUCCCUCUGAUAAAAUCACCGACAAGGGUACGAAGGUCGAAGGAGAGUUAUCCGAGGACACCAAACUGCUGGAGCUGGAUGAGUCUCAAAGGAGCGAGCACACCGUCUUCGUCAUGCCUCCUGAAGCGCCGCCUGACGACGGACCCGACCCGCCGCCUCGCUACAACUAUAAAAGUUUCCCCAACCUGCAGCUGAGCCUCUUUGAUCGUCCCCGAGAACCGCGGCUGUCUCUGAACAGCAGAGCAGCGAGGGCUACCCUGAGCAACAGUCCGGCGCUGCUGGCUAAAAGGACAAAGCAGGAGAUCAAGCUGGCGCUGAAGAUGGCGAAGCGUUUCUACUCCAACCCGACGCUUUGGGCCCGCUGCCUGUUCAGCCACUGCUACAGCCUGUGGUUCAUCUGCCUCCCAGUGGCCGUGCGGCUGGCCAAAUCCAAGCCUCGCGCCAUGCAGCAGGCGUACAACGUGCUGCUGAAGAUGAGAGCCACUGAGGUGGAGGUGUUGGAUGAGGUGUGUUACAGGGUGGUGAUGCAGCUGUGCGGCGUGUGGGGACUCCCUGUUAUGGCCGUGCGAGUCCUGGUAGAGAUGAAGAAAGCCGGAGUCCACCCCAACGCCAUCACUUACGGAUACUACAACAAGGCCGUCCUGGAAAGCCCGUGGCCGAGCCGGAACCGCAGCGGCCUCUUCAUGUGGACGAAGGUGCGCAACGUGCUCCGAGGAGUGGUUCAGUUCAAGCACUCUCAAAACCGCACGGCUUCCAACAAAGAAUCCCCCGGAACACCCACAGCUGGAUCAGUAGAAUCAGAAGUGACUGAUGUCGACAACUUGAGUCACGGGAGUGUUGACAGCUCCUGUGAAGUCAACAGCGAACAUAACCUGUUUGCUGCCAAAAAAGAAGACGCGGCAGACGGUCACUGCAGUGCAGGGAGACAAUCUGAUCAAGGUUACGGUUCGAAGGAUGAGCUUCACCAGGAGCCAACAGAAUCUCAAACAUCUGGGAUUUCAAACGACCAGAGAAACAAGGAUGAAGCAAACCAUAAAGCAGAAGGCGAUAUUGCCGGCUCGGUCGACAGUGCGGUAGCUGUGGCGGAGCCCCCCAGCCCAGUGGAUGGGUCCUCACAGGGUCCCAGCAUUGUAAAGCUCUCCACGGGAAGUUUCGAUGAGGGCAGGGAAGUCGGAAAGCUCUUCAGAAGACACAGUAAGAACGACAGCGUGUCGCUGUCUGACGAGGAUUCCUCGCUGCCCGGAAAUGCCAGCAACCAGCUUCAGCAGCAGCGGCAGAAGUCCUUCUCUGAGCGCACCUGCAGCUUCAGCGUUGAAACUCGCGCAGGGAUGCUCCAGGAGAAAGGAGUGGACCACAUGGCCAGCCAGAUGGGCGCAGAUGCUCGAAUUCUGGCAGCAGCCUUCUCUGGAGCUCAAGCGCAGCCCUCAAAGAGUGUUUCCAAAGCACUUUUUGAAGACCUGGAGGAGGAACCCGAUGACGAUAAAGCCAAGAAGCAGCCAGAAAAGGAGAGCUCUAGAGGUCCAGAAGAAAGUGGGACAUCUGGGGUAAAGAUGGAGAAGCGACAGAGGAAGCACACAGAAACACAGGAGGACGAGUCUGGAGCCAAAGGAGCCAUCUUGGAGCGGGAAGACGUAAAGACGGGGGCGGACCCUCUUUCCCUUUUGGUGUCGGAGAGCGAAGAAUCUGCGUCUGUCAGCAGUCAGGACCCCCCACGCUCUGUUCCUGCAGUGGUGUCUCGAAAUCUGGCGGAGGAAAUCGAAACGUACAUGAACCUGAGAAGCCCCAUGGGCCCGAAAUCCUCCAGCAUGGAGCUGCAGCAGCAGCCACAGACAAACUCCACCGACGCCCCCCAGCUCAAACAGCCUCUGGAGAGGAGGUCCAGCCUCCCCGUGCCCCCCAUCAAAACUCCAACCAACUCGCCCGGCGACACCCCCACACGCUCCCCCAAGACCCUGUCUCGCUCCAGGACCUUUGCAGACAAGACGAAGGCGAGCGCCGCAGCAAGUCCAAGGUCGUCCUCGCUGACGGCGCUGGUCAAGACCUCACAGGGGGGGUCCCUGGGUUCUGUCUUCAACUCCUUUUCAGCCAUCAAAAUAGACUCUCUGCUGUCCGGACCGAAAAUUGACGUUCUUAAAUCUGGAAUGAAGCAGGCAGCGAAUGUGGCCAGCAAGGUGCUGGUGGCCGUCGCCACGGCCUAUUCUUACUCGGACGACGAGGAGGAACCAGAACAAAAAGGCGGGGGCUUCCCGGCUCACUUAGAUGAACACAUGCUGUCCGCUCAUGACUUGGACGAGAGUCCAGACAGAAGGUCCAUCCCAGGAUUGGUAGCUAACGGUCUCAACCGGAGCUCCACCAGCCUGGGGAGCAGCAGCGGCAGCAGUGACACAGGCAGAGGGACCCAGCAGCCUCAUCCGACUCCAGGACGAGCAGGCAGAGGCCUCGACUCUGAGCAGAGCUCCUCACAUCACGCUUCUUCUUCCAGCAUCUACCAGAACUGUGCGCUCGAGGUGCUGAUGUCCAGCUGCUCCCAGUGCCGCUCCUGUGAAGCCCUGGUUUAUGAUGAAGAGAUUAUGGCCGGCUGGACAGCCGAUGACUCCAACCUCAACACCAACUGUCCCUUCUGCAGCACAGCCUUCCUGCCUUUACUGAACGUAGAGUUUCACGACCUGCGCACGGUGCCCGGGUUCUACAUGAAUCAAAGUACUUCAGGAGACAGUCUCCACUCCACCCACCCCACCCCCAGCAGCUCCUCUGACAUCAAGACACCAGACCUCAUCUCUUUCCCCGAGGAGGAGCCAACGGAGACUCCUGACAGUCAUUCUGGAACACAGAAGAGUCUGGUUCCUGAGCCUGUGCAGUCAGACCCUCUGGGUCUGCUGGAGCACCAGGCAGGAAAGCAGCAGAAAAGCAGCGGGACUUCACUGACGCGCAGCAACAGUGUAGGAGGUCCGCUGCAGAGCCUCGACAACUCUCUGAGGCCCGGGCAUGGCGUGUCCACUACCAGCCUGCCCUGCAGCCUGCAGGAGGCGUCGCAGGAUGGCAUUGGAACAAAGCGACCGAACCCUAAACCUGUAUCUGUGCCGUACCUCAGUCCUUUGGUCCUUCGCAAGGAGCUGGAGACACUUUUGGAGAACGAGGGAGAUCAGGUGAUCUAUACACACAAGUUCCUCAGCCAGCAUCCUAUUAUUUUCUGGAACCUGGUGUGGUAUUUCCGCCGCCUGGAGCUGCCCACUCAUCUUCCCGGCCUCAUCCUCAACUCUGAACACUGCAACAACGGAGUACAGCUGCCUCUGACCUCGCUGUCUCAGGACAGUAAGCAGGUAUUUGUACAGCUUCUGUGGGACAACAUAAACCUGCACCAGGAACCUGACGACCCCCUCUACCUGCUCUGGAGGACCUUCUUGGAGAAAAAGGGUACUUUGGCUCCAACAGACCACCAAGAGAUCCGCACACUUCUCAACACCAUUGUUCGCAACAUCCAGACCAACGACGUCUACGGCCCGAUCAACCUGCUGAUCAGAGAGAUCAAGCGGCGUCCAGAUGUCAAACGACAGAGGAGCAUCUACAGAGAAAUUAUGUUUCUUUCACUGGUGGCCUUGGGACGGGAGAACAUUGAUAUAGAGGCGUUUGACCGGGAGUACCGGCAGGCCUACGAACACCUGAGCCCAGAGCAGCUCAAAUCUCUGAAGAACAUCGAUCAACCGCCUACCCCCAGCGUUCAGUCGUGCCUUAAAUGUUUCGGCGCCCCCUUCAUCUGAGCACAGAGGUGAAAACUUACCAGACAAGAGAAGCGAUUAAAAAAAAAUGGUACUAGUGUCUUGGAAGUGACUUUUUUUUCUACUCUACAUGUGUUUUGGUUUUAAGGUUUUUCAGGUAGCCUUCUUCAGCAGGGACUCCCUCUGUUCUCUACUCAGAAUGCCUUGAUUAAUAUGAUCUGAUUAGUUGAGCUGCUUCUAUUUUCAAAAGUUGUGUACAGAAUGAAUAACCGAAGAGAAUGUAUGGACCUCCCUUUGUGUGUGCUUCUGAAUGCGAGUAGCCUUUGAGUUAGCUUCCUUUGUGUUUUUCUUCCUUCUUUGCGAACUGUUGAGAGCGCAGCCCCAGCUAUGGUUUCACAGACAGAUUAAAGUGUAAUUUAUUCAUCCCAAACAAAAAAAAUGACAUCAUUUCAUAAAAAUAGGUUGAAGAUGAUUAAAUAAAACAUUAACAUGCAUUUUAAGUAGAAAAAUAUAGAACCAACAGUUGAUUUUUUUUAAGACAGGAUGAAUUGACUGUAUAGAUUUUUGACAUAAUCAAAGUGUAAAUAUACAAGGUUCUAUUGUGUAUUAUCAGUAAAAACUGGACUUAAAACAUUCCAGAUAACCUGAGGUCAAAGCAAAAAAGUCUGCAGCAAGAAGCAAAACCUUACAAAAUUAUUGUGAGUGCCACACUACUGAGAAUAAAAAGAAAAAGACUGGGUGAAGGGUCUAAUAACUCCUGCAGUCAUCAGUCCACCGUGUGCAUUUUAAAAGUAAAAUGCUGUACUUAAGCUAACACGCCUUAUGGGUAAAACAUGGAACUCUUGCAUACUUGGGUUAUGCUUUCUCCUAGCAUUGAAUGAACUGUUGAACUACAAACAUGCAGACUGGAUGGCUUUUUUAAAGGUUUACUGUGUAUCUUUGGAUAUAAUGCUAGAAACUAGAGCUUUACAGUGCUAAGGGCUUUUUUCAGUACUGCUGUGAAGAAAGAAUAACUUUUGACUUGACAUUCCACUGAACGCUUGAGCGUUCAGACUCGGAAAAUGCUGUGGAGAAACUUUUGGGACAUGGAUAGAAAUUGUUUUGUAGAUUUGGGAGUGUAUCUUGUACAGAUGAGAUGAUGUAUAAAAUACCUUUUGCACUGCAUUGAUUAAAAACCUUCACAGAGAGAUGAGGAUGAAACCACAUCUAACAUUUAACAACUUGUACACCAGAAUUUUUUUUUUCCUUCAAAACAAAAAAAGAAAAAUUACAAUUAUUUAUUUUUGUAUUAUUGAAUUUGGAUUGCAAAUGUUGUACUAAUGUGGAAUUUUAAUGGCUAAUGUCCCCAUUUUCCCUUUUAUUCUGUCUUAAGGGAUUCCAUCCUGUACUGACUUUGUAUAUUUGAUCUCAGUUGUACAGAAGACUUUUUUUUUAAAGAAUAGAUGAAAUAAUCUCUUGCCGUCCUGUGGAAAGGAAAUGAAUGUCAAUACUGAAGUGUGCUGCAAUAAAUGAGUUUGUGAACUGA